UUUUUUUUUAAUUUUAUUUCCUUUCUCAAUUUCAAUUUCUAUUUAAUUUGGACUCACUCACUCACUCACAUCUUUAAACCCAUGGCGGCUUCUUCCCCUUCUCCUCCUUGUCUCGAUUACUUGGGGUUUCACAAUUCCACGAAAUCAAUUAAUGGUUUCAAGAAUGUUAACCACAUCAGGCAACCUUCCAAUCACAACGCCCUUAUUCACUCCGCUCUUCACUCCCCUUCUGUUCUUCAUUUCCCCAAUCAUUCUCCUAAUUUUCACGACAAUCUCAUUAAAUCCCCUAAUUCCAACUGGAAUUUCCUUCAGAAAUCCGCUUCAAUCGCCCUCGACAUGGCGGAAUCCGCCUUGCUUUCUCACGAGCUCCGCCACCCACUCCCUAAAACCGCCGACCCACGUGUCCAAAUCUCCGGCAACUUCGCUCCCGUCCCCGAACAACCUGUCAAACAUAACCUCCCUGUCACCGGAACCAUCCCGGAUUGCAUUAACGGUGUCUACCUCCGCAACGGUGCUAAUCCACUCUUUGAACCCACCGCCGGUCAUCACCUAUUCGACGGCGAUGGUAUGGUCCACGCCGUCACCAUCAAUGACGGCUCUGCUAGCUAUGCCUGCCGGUUCACGCAGACACAACGUCUGGCUCAAGAACAACAGCUCGGACGACCGAUUUUCCCUAAAGCGAUUGGCGAACUCCAUGGGCACUCCGGAAUUGCUCGGCUGUUACUAUUCUACGCGCGAGGGAUGUUCGGGCUGGUGGACCAUAAGAAGGGAACCGGAGUGGCGAACGCCGGUUUGGUGUAUUUUAACGACCGGCUUUUGGCGAUGUCAGAAGACGAUUUGCCGUACCACGUGCGUAUCACGCCGUCAGGAGACCUUGAAACUGUAGGCCGUUACGAUUUCAACACACAGCUUGAUUCCACAAUGAUCGCACACCCGAAAGUGGACCCAGUCUCCAGAGGGCUCUACGCCUUAAGCUACGACGUCGUUCGGAAGCCGUAUCUCAAGUACUUCCGAUUCUCCCCCGACGGAAUCAAAUCCCAAGACGUUGAAAUCCCUCUUCAAACUCCGACCAUGAUGCACGAUUUCGCCAUCACCGAGAAUUUCGUUGUAAUCCCCGACCAGCAAGUCGUGUUCAAGCUUCAAGAAAUGCUCAAGGGCGGAUCUCCGGUGAUUUACGACAAGAACAAGAAAUCCCGAUUUGGAAUUCUCCCAAAAAAUGCCACAAAUUCCGAUGAUUUAAUCUGGGUGGAAUCGCCGGACACCUUCUGCUUCCAUUUGUGGAAUGCUUGGGAGGAGCCGGAGACAGAGGAGGUCGUGGUUAUUGGGUCUUGCAUGACGCCGCCGGAUUCCAUUUUCAACGAGUGCGAUGAGAAUUUAAAAAGCGUACUGUCGGAAAUUCGGCUGAAUUUGAGAACGGGGAAAUCCACGCGCCGCCCAAUUAUCAGCGAUGAGAAGGAGCAGGUGAAUCUAGAAGCCGGAAUGGUGAAUAGAAACCGUCUGGGGCGGAAAACCCGAUAUGCGUAUCUUGCGAUAGCAGAGCCAUGGCCGAAGGUUUCGGGAUUCGCGAAGGUUGAUCUAGUAACAGGGGAGGUAAAAAAGCAUAUUUACGGCGGUAGAAAAUUCGGAGGAGAGCCGUUUUUUUUACAGAAAGAGGGUAAUUCAGGGGAGAAGGAAGACGAAGGGUACAUUUUAGCGUUCGUCCACGAUGAAAGGACAUGGAAAUCAGAGCUCCAGAUAGUGAACGCCAUGGACUUGAAAGUGGAAGCUACAGUGAAGCUGCCAUCCAGAGUACCCUAUGGCUUCCACGGGACAUUCGUCGACGCAAAACACUUGCAAAAUCAAGCUUAAUUGAUUCAAAAAAAAUCAAAAGAAAGUGAUUUUCUUAGGCGAAAAAGGGAGAAAUUGCCAGAGGGAUGACAUUGAGACAGGUCCCCGGAUUCUCCGUAUUCGCAUUAAAAACCCAAUUACCUUUUUGUUUCUGUUCCUUUUUAUUUGGUUUUUUUUUUUUUUUUUUUUUUUUAUUGAGUGAUUUGACGAGGAAGCCCAGCUUGUAGCUUUUGGACAGUUCAGUAGAUUUCGAGCUCAGCUGGUUUCUGUUUAUUCUCUGUAAAAAAAAAAAUAAUAACAAUAAUAAUAUUUAUCGUAUUUACGC